AUGGGUGACUGGUCUAUUCUUAGCCGCCUCCUCACAGAAGUUCAACACCAUUCAACUGUUAUUGGGAAGAUCUGGCUGACUGUACUCCUUAUCUUCCGCAUCUUAUUGGUUACUUUGGUAGGAGAGGUUGUUUACAGUGAUGAGCAGUCCAAGUUCACCUGCAACACACUGCAACCAGGCUGUAAUAAUGUGUGCUAUGACACCUUUGCUCCUGUUUCCCACCUCAGGUUCUGGGUCUUCCAAAUUGUCUUAGUGUCUACACCUUCCAUUUUCUACAUUGUUUACCUGCUCCAUAAAAUUACAAGUAAUAAGAGGUUAGAAGCUGAAAGGAAAUUUAUGGAAUUAUUGCCAUCAAGUCUUCCAGAUAAUGUACAGCACCGAGAGAUUUUAAGUUUCAGUCAAAGGACUGAAGAUAGCUGUGAUAUUGAAAUGAGCUCAAAGGCUGAAGAUCAUAUUAAAAGAAAGUGUACCAAUGAAGUCACAGAUAAUACUGAGAGGUCAUCCAGUAAAAUGUUGAUGAUAUAUAUUACCCAUGUCAUACUGAGGUUAGCACUGGAAAUUGGGUUCUUGUCAGGGCAAUAUUACCUCUUUGGUUUUGAAGUGCCUCAUAUUUUCCAUUGUCAGACAUAUCCAUGCCCAACCCAAACAGACUGCUUUGUCUCCAGGGCAACAGAAAAGACCAUCUUUCUGAAUUUCAUGUUUGGUGUUAGUCUCACAUGCUUCCUUCUGAACAUUGUGGAACUGCACUACCUUGGAUGGAACUACAUUUUCCAAGUCAUGUGCUCAACUUGUUUUAAUUGUUCUGGGUCUGUCAGGAGACAGGAAGAUGGAUCCACAAACUGCUAUUCAGGGCAUAAUAUUAUCCUAAAGCAACUGAGGAACUCCACUCAUGAAAAACUGGUCCCAAAGACCUCCCCACGGCUGUCACAACAGAAACUUGGUUAUUCUCAGACAAAUCAAGCUACAAUAUCAUUUUCAACCAAUUCUGCUGAAAUAACCCCAAAUAAUCUCAAAGCUAAACAUAAGAGCGUAACAAAAUUAGUAAAAAGCAAGAAGUCAUGGCUAUAG